AUGAAACCGACUGUCGCUGCUGAUGAAAUGUUCCCAGAAGGCGUAGGACCGUACAUGGACUUAGAAGAAGCUGGAGGUCCAUCCAAUUUGUUGAUGGACUUAGCUGCAAAUGAAAAGGCUGUACAUGCGGAUUUCUUUAAUGAUUUUGAAGAUCUGUUUGAUGAUGAUGAUCUGAAGUAA